GUACUGGAGCUGAUUUCGAUUGUAUCCCUGGUUGGUCCGCCUAUGAUCGGUAUUGCUACCAGGCCUUCAGUGAACCGAAAAACUGGGAAGAUGCAGAGAGUUUCUGCGAGGAGGGGGUGAAGACCUCGCAUCUGGUCUCCAUCGAAAGCUCCGGAGAAGGAGACUUUGUGGCCCAGCUGGUCGCUGAGAAGAUAAAGACGUCCUUUCAGUAUGUCUGGAUUGGGCUGAGGAUUCAAAACAAAGAACAGCAAUGCAGGUCGGAGUGGAGCGAUGCCUCCAGUGUCAAUUAUGAGAACUUGUAUAAACAAUCUUCCAAAAAAUGUUAUGCGCUGAAAAAAGGGACAGAGCUUCGCACGUGGUUCAAUGUUUACUGUGGAAGAGAAAAUCCUUUCGUCUGCAAGUACACGCCAGAAUGUUAAGAUGCAGCUGUCUGAAGUCUGGAGAAGCAAGGAAGCCCCCCCCC